ACUGGCACAGUGCUGCUCGGACCGUCUCUCAUCCACAUCUCUCGCGUAUAAGGCGUACUUUCGUGUAUCCCCCCUUUCGCGCUGUCAAUCCUUUGGCGAGCCAAGCAGUUACGCAGUCGUGAAAGUCAGCGGGCGGUGCGGAACUGUUUACCGGGCACCCUGGCAGUGUAGGAUAUAUACGGAAGAGUUAUGGCAGCGGUACCGCGCGCACGAGUGAAACCGAAGAUCAAACCGGCGAAGAAGCAUGGACCGGAGUUUUCAAUUGACGAUACAUGGGCAAAGCUGUCUAGGAACAUCGUCGAGAUCCAGAAUCACAAUGCCGCCAACCUCUCGUACGAAGAGAACCAUCGUUUCGCGUAUAACAUGGUCCUCUACAAACAUGGCGAGACGCUGUACCAGGGGACGAAGAAGCUCAUAGCGGACAACCUCGAUAGGCUCGCGAACGAGUACAUCAUACCGGCAUUCCCCGCACAUGUCGACGACGAUCCGGUCGAGAUGGCACAGGCCGGAGAGCUGCUCCUGAAGGCGGUGAAGAAGGUGUGGGACGAUCAUACGUCUAGUCUGUCCAAGUUGCGAGACGUCUUGAAGUAUAUGGACCGCGUUUACACGAAAUCCAAACAAGUGCCAGAAAUAUGGGAGGCGGGGCUGCUCUUGUUCAUCGAGCACAUCCUACGCUCGCCAAUACAGGGGCACAUCAUCUCGGCGAUCUUGACCCAGAUACAGACGGAACGCGAUGGGUAUGUAAUAAACCGCUCCGCCGUGAAAGGCUGCGUGGACGUGCUUCUGCAGCUGUUUGACGAGCGGGAGGAUGUCUCUGUGUACAAACGAGACUUGGAACCUAUUCUCCUGAAAGAAAGCGAGGCCUUCUACGAGAAGGAGGGCGAGCAUCUUCUGGAAACUUGCGAUGCCCCUGAGUACCUACGACGAGUUGAGAGUCGAUUAGACCAGGAAGAAUCGCGAGCCCAUCACUUCUUGUCAUCACAGACCAGCCAGCCUCUACGUCGAAUACUGGAAGAGGAGCUCAUCAACCCACACCUCUGCACCAUAAUAGCCAUGCCUAAUUCCGGUUUAGAUGUCAUGAUAGACCUGGACAAGAUCGACGAUCUCGCACGUCUCUACCGACUGUUCGCCAUGGUGCCCGCUGGUAUUACCACCCUCCGCAAGGCUCUCAGAGAGACGGUGAUUCGACGAGGAAAGGACAUCAACUCUACGAGUCUGUCGUUCGAGGGAGAGGAUGCGCAGGAGGACGAGGACAUGGAGAAGAGUAGCAAGGCGAAGGGCAAGGGAAAAUCACGGGCUGCAAAUGCCGGUUCACAGGUACUCUCGCUCGCGCUGAAGUGGGUACAAGAUGUCUUGGACAUGAAGGACAAGUUCGACAAGAUAUGGGUCGGCGGCUUCCAAAGUGACCAUGACGUUGAGAGUAGCGUCGACGAGGCAUUUGGAACCUUCAUCAACAUGCAUGAGAAAUCCCCCGAGUUCAUUUCGCUGUUUAUUGACGACAAUCUCAAGAAGGGCCUGAAAGGGAAAACCGACACGGAGGUGGACGUCGUUCUCGACAAGACAAUCACGAUCUUUCGCUUCCUCUCCGACAAGGAUGUCUUUGAACGGUACUACAAAGGCCAUCUCGCCAAGCGGCUCCUGCUCGGGCGAUCCGUGUCCGACGAUGCUGAGCGGGGCAUGCUUGCGAAGCUCAAGGUCGAGUGCGGCUACCAGUUCACGCAGAAGCUCGAGGGCAUGUUCCAUGACAUGAAGAUCUCUGCGGAUACCAUGCACGCGUACCGUAACCAUCUUGCGACGACUACGGCACCGGACGUUGAGAUCGCGGUCAUCGUCAUGACAUCGACGUUCUGGCCUAUGUCGCACUCCGGCUCGCCUUGUAACUUCCCCGCCGAACUGCUCAAACCCGCGAAGUCUUUCGAACAGUUCUACCUGUCCCGUCACUCUGGCCGACGACUAACGUGGCAGCCAUCAAUGGGCAACGCUGACAUUCGAGUGAGGUUCAACUCGCGGAAUCACGACUUGAACGUGUCGACGUAUGCCCUCGUCAUCUUGCUUCUGUUCGAGGACGCCGCAGAUGGCACGUCAUUGAGUUAUCAGGACAUCAAAUCGGCAACAGCCAUCCCAGACACGGACCUCCAGCGCAAUCUGCAGUCGCUCGCAUGCGCAAAGUACAAGAUUCUCAAGAAACACCCGUCCGGCCGGGAAGUGAGCCCAGAAGACAAGUUCACAUUCAACGCCGAGUUCUCGGCGCCACUGCAAAAGAUCAAAAUUAGCACGGUCGCUUCGCGAGUCGAGAACACGGACGAGAGGAGGGAGACGAAGGAUAGGGUGGAGGAAGAGCGGCGACAUCAAACGGAGGCGUGCAUUGUACGAAUCAUGAAGAACCGCAAGCAUAUGACCCACAACGACCUUGUGAACGAGGUUACCCGGCAACUCUCCAGUCGGUUUCAACCAAAUCCAUUGAGCAUCAAGAAGCGCGUCGAAGGGCUCAUCGAGCGAGAAUACUUAGAACGAUGCGAAGACCGCAAGUCAUAUAACUACCUGGCAUGACCUGUUUCCUGCAGAUGUGUGUAGUAAGUAUAGUGUACAUCAACACCUCAUUGUACCACCACUUUCAUUGCUGCAAUCAUUCAUUAUUCUGCUCUUCCACGAACCUUCGAACGCGUAGCAACCUUCCUUCGUGCUGACAUCCUGAGGA